CAUGUUAAUUGCAUGGGAGACGGCUAUACAGCUUUGUCAAGAAAAUUGGUAGCUUAUCGAAAUGGCGCAAUCAGCACUAAACCUCCAACAAUAUGAGGAUCUCGUUCAUGCCAUUGAUCGGGUGCCAAGAUUCGCCACUGGAGUCAAAUCGUUCCCGGAGAUGGCAAAAAUCUAUUAUGAGAAGAUAUAUUCAAAGGCGUUAAAUGAAAACGUACCACCAAUUUUUGAAAUCUUCAUUGCCUUUGUUUUUUCCAAGUUUUCACUGAAGGAAAAACUGAGGGAAUAUUUCGACGAAGAGCCUCCAUUUGAGCUUAAAGAGGCAGUUUUGUCGGGGAGUUGGUCUGAAGGAUUAGUUUUAUUUGAUCCAGAUUCAUUUGAUCCUCCAGAUGUAGACUUUCUGUGUAUACUUAAAAACAUUAGUUUUACUGAAGAAGAUCAAGCAACUGGUGACUUGUCUAUCAUUGACAAUUCUCCUUUCGUUAAUGCCUAUCUUUCGGACAUAAAGUCACUUGAAUUAUGGCAAGCGUAUUUUAUAGAAGCAGCAUCUGAAGCAUUAGAAGGUAAAAUAUGCCAGAUUUCCUCAGCGAAACUCAAAGAACGUCUUUAUGAUAAUUACUCAAAAGGGGACAAUUUUUUUACCGUUUCUUCAGAGCACUGCAAUCCGAUUUCAGAUGGCCCUGCUUUAAAACUGUCCAGAGUCUCGGCCGGUUCUUCAUCUUUUGGCGACAAUUUAUUACAAACUUUGCUAGAAAACCUUUGGCGAUGUAGCGAUCUCGUUUUAGCAAUCCAAUGCCAUGGUUGGCCGCGAAAUUCUCUAGAAUGGAUUCGUCGUGAACGAAAUUGGCCUUCAAUAGAGGUUGUCGAAAGAAUCACGAAAGAGGGCUUUCACAUUGUGGCUAAAAGUUCCUGUGAGGGAAAUUUUCGAUUGUCGUUUUCCUGGGCAGAAGGAAUUCUUAUUGCAAGUCUAAACAAAAUGCAGCAUAAGACAAUUAGAGCAUUCAAGGCGGUCAUUAAAUUGCUAUUACCAUGUAAUCCUGACCAAGAGGAAAUCUUGGAAUCCUAUCACUUAAAAACAAUUGCAUUUUGGCACAUUGAGAAGUCAGACCCAGAAUCCUGGAGUAAAGAUAAUAGUGCAAAUCACCUGCUCCAAAUGCUUAGAGAAUUAAAUCAAGCAUUGCGUAAGAAAAGUCUGCCUAUGUACUUUAUAAGAACUUACAACUUGUUUAGCAAGGUCGAAAAUUUAUCGCAAUUGGAAAAGUUGUCAGAUAAGGUGGAUGAAAUUUCGAAAGACAUCUCAGGCUUGACCAAUGCUGUAAGAAUGGGCGCUAGUUUUCAUUUUUACGAAACACAUAGAGAUUAUUUUAAAGCGUUUUUCCCAAAAUGCUAACUAAAUUUUAUUUCGUGGUUUUAAAAAACAUUUGUUUCGCGUGACUGGAAAGGUUUAUAAGUAAGCCAUAUGGAAAAAACUAUUAACGCGUACUGCUAGCUAGGUAUUAGCAUUAUUAUAUUAUUAAGUUUAUUAUAUCAUUAAGUUACUCCAAUAGGGGUGGGGAGAUCACUUGGUUGAAUAACCAUUGCAAUUCCUCGAAUGACCACAAUAGCAUUUUGACCAUAGUUUUGACCAACGACACUUUGUUUAGAGUAAUGUGAAG